CGGACCGACGCCUGCGAGCCUGUUCCCUCUGCGCCCUCAGCUUCCUGGGCUGGCAGUUUUUUAAAAUGAAGAAGUUUAAUUUCCGAAAAGUUUUGGAUGGCUUAACUGCCUCUUCCCCUGGCAGUGGCAGCAACACUGGUAGUGGGGCUGGAAGUGGUCCCGGGCACCCUGCAGGGACCGCGGGGCUUCUCAGAGAGGAGAUUCAGGAAACCCUGACUUCAGACUACUUCCAGCUUUGCAAGACAGUUCGGCAUGGUUUUCCUUAUCAGCCUACAGCAUUAGCCUUUGAUCCGGUUCAGAAAAUCUUGGCUAUUGGGACGAGAACAGGUGCCAUACGAAUACUUGGGAGACCUGGUGUUGAUUGUUAUUGCCAACAUGAAAGUGGUGCAGCUGUCCUGCAGCUCCAAUUCUUGAUCAAUGAGGGUGCUUUGGUCAGUGCAAGUUCAGAUGAUACUCUUCAUUUGUGGAACCUUAGACAAAAAAGACCAGCUAUUCUUCAUUCUCUUAAAUUUAACCGAGAACGAAUUACUUACUGUCAUCUACCUUUCCAGAGUAAAUGGCUCUAUGUUGGAACAGAAAGAGGAAAUACACAUAUUGUAAAUAUUGAGUCUUUCAUUCUUUCUGGAUAUGUUAUCAUGUGGAACAAAGCAAUUGAACUAUCCACAAAGACUCAUCCAGGUCCAGUUGUACAUUUAAGUGAUAGCCCAAGAGAUGAAGGGAAACUGCUAAUUGGUUAUGAAAAUGGUACUGUAGUACUCUGGGACUUGAAAUCUAAAAGGGCAGAACUGCGAGUUUAUUAUGAUGAGGCUAUUCAUUCAAUUGAUUGGCACCAUGAGGGCAAGCAGUUCAUGUGCAGCCAUUCAGAUGGCAGCUUGACUUUAUGGAACCUGAAAAGUCCAAGUCGCCCUUUCCAGACCACAAUUCCACAUGGAAAAAGUCAAAGAGAAGGAAGAAAAUCUGAAUCUUGUAAACCAAUUCUUAAAGUAGAAUACAAGACCUGUAGAAACAGUGAGCCAUUCAUAAUAUUUUCUGGUGGACUGUCCUAUGACAAAGCUUGCAGAAGACCAAGUUUAACCAUCAUGCAUGGAAAAGCAAUCACAGUACUUGAAAUGGAUCAUCCCAUUGUUGAAUUUCUAACUUUAUGUGAAACACCCUAUCCAAAUGAAUUUCAAGAACCCUAUGCUGUCGUAGUACUUCUGGAAAAAGAUCUCAUUGUAGUUGAUCUGACACAAAGCAAUUUUCCAAUCUUUGAAAAUCCAUAUCCCAUGGACAUUCAUGAGUCACCGGUUACGUGUACUGCAUACUUUGCUGAUUGCCCUCCGGAUUUGAUUCUAGUUCUCUAUUCUAUAGGAGUCAAGCAUAAAAAACAAGGGUACAGUAAUAAGGAGUGGCCAAUCAGUGGAGGAGCUUGGAACCUAGGAACACAAACAUAUCCAGAAAUUAUUAUUACUGGUCAUGCAGACGGAUCAGUAAAAUUUUGGGAUGCUUCUGCAAUCACUCUGCAGAUGCUGUACAAGCUAAAAACUUCUAAAGUAUUUGAAAAACAGAAGGUAGGAGAAGGAAAACAAACAUGUGAAAUUGUAGAGGAAGAUCCAUAUGCCAUUCAGAUGAUUUACUGGUGUCCAGAGAGCAGAAUAUUGUGUGUGUCAGGAGUCUCUGCGUAUGUCAUCAUUUAUAAAUUCAGCAGACAUGAAAUUACAACAGAAAUAGUGUCAUUAGAAGUACGACUUCAGUACGAUGUCGAAGAUAUUAUUACCCCUGAAACAGAAACAAGUCCUCCGUUUCCAGAUCUCUCAUCCCACCUUCCUUCAAGGAGUCUUUCUGGGAGCACUAACACUGUGGCUAGCGAGGGAGUAGCAAAGGACAGUAUCCCAUGCCUCAGUGUUAAGACUCGUCCAGUGCGGAUGCCUCCAGGAUAUCAAGCAGAACUUGUUAUUCAGUUGGUGUGGGUGGAUGGUGAACCUCCCCAGCAGAUCACUAGCCUUUCUGUAAGCUCAGCCUAUGGAAUAGUUGCAUUUGGGAACUGCAAUGGGUUGGCUGUGGUGGAUUUUAUGCAGAAGACAGUUCUGUUAAGCAUGGGAACCGUUGACUUUUACAGAUCAAGUGACCUAUACCAACGACAGCCGCGAUCUCCUCGAAAAAAUAAGCAGUUCAUUGCAGACAACUUUUGCAUGCGUGGCCUGUCUAACUUUUAUCCUGAUUUAACGAAACGGAUCCGUACUUCCUAUCAGAGUUUAACUGAGCUUAAUGACAGUCCAGUUCCCCUGGAACUUGAACGAUGCAAGUCUCCUACUGCAGACCAUGUAAAUGGACACUGCACAAGUCCAACCUCUCAGAGUUGUGGUUCUGGAAAACGCCUUUCUAGUGCUGACGUUACAAAAAUAAAUCGCUGGGGUGGAAGACCACCAUUUCGAAAGGCACAAUCAGCUGCUUGCAUGGAGAUUUCUUUCCCAGUUACAACAGAAGAAAUCCGAGAAAAUUCUUAUAAUCGUUCUAGAAGCUCUAGCAUCUCCAGUAUUGAUAAAGAUUCUAAAGAAGCAAUUACGGCCCUUUACUUCAUGGAAUCCUUUGCACGGAAAAAUGACUCUACCAUCUCCCCUUGUCUCUUUGUUGGAACUAGUCUGGGAAUGGUGUUAAUCAUCUCCCUAAACCUCCCUUCAACAGAUGAACAAAGGUUUACAGAGCCAGUCAUUGUAUUGCCAAGUGGUACACUCCUCUCAUUGAAAGGAGCCGUGCUAACAUUCUCCUGCAUGGACCGAACGGGUGGAUUAAUGCAACCGCCAUAUGAAGUUUGGAGGGAUCCAAACAAUAUAGAUGAAAAUGAAAAAUCUUGGAGAAGAAAACUGGUCGUGAACUCCCCCUCUGCAUCCCAAGAAAUAGGAGAUCAUCAGUAUACAAUAAUCUGCUCAGAAAAACAAGCCAAAGUCUUCUCACUGCCUUCUCAGACUUGCCUUUAUGUUCAUAGCAUCACCGAGACGUCAUUUAUACUGCAAGCAGAUGUGGUGGUCAUGUGUAACAGUGCCUGCUUGGCGUGUUUUUGUGCCAAUGGGCAUAUCAUGAUAAUGAGCCUCCCUAGUCUGCGCCCAAUGUUGGAUGUUAAUUACUUGCCGCUGACAGACAUGAGGAUAGCGCGGACGUUUUGUUUUACCAAUGAAGGACAGGCGUUGUACCUUGUCUCGCCUACUGAAAUUCAGCGGGUGACAUACAGCCAAGACAUGUGUGAUCAUCUACAGGACAUGCUAGGAGAUUUGUUCACUCCCAUAGAGACACCAGAAGCUCAAAACAGAGGCUUUCUCAAGGGACUGUUUGGUGGAAGUGGACAGACAUUUGACAGAGAAGAACUCUUUGGGGAAGCUUCUGCCGGAAGAGCAUCCCGGAGCCUUGCGCAGCACAUCCCUGGACCAGGUGGGAUAGAAGGGGUGAAAGGCGCCGCUGGGGGGGUGCUGGGAGAGCUGACCCGUGCACGGAUUGCGCUGGAUGAGAGGGGACAGAGGCUCGGGGAGCUGGAGGAGAAAACCGCCGGCAUGAUGACCAGCGCAGAAGCGUUUUCCAAACAUGCACAUGAGUUAAUGCUCAAAUAUAAGGAUAAGAAAUGGUACCAAUUCUAAACUUCUAAAGAAGCUGCGACUGCUUUGAGAAACCAUUAUUCAGGGAAACCAGAUUUAUUCCCAGCAUCACCAUUCAACUGCUAGAAGCCAGUUUCUUCUACAAAACGUUUCAUCACAGUCCAUCUGAAGUUAUCAUGAGGGAGACGUAUCAGAGACACGGUACAACCCAAAGGCUGGAACCCUGGUUAAAAUCCCGAGAUACAGCGGAGUUUGCCGUUUCCCACGUGAAUGGAGCCGUCGUCUUGGCAUGCUGGUUGCUAAGGAUUUACAUUUAGGAACUAUGGGGAGUCCCAGUUUGAAAAAAAAUCCUGUACAAACAAAAGCAUUAACGCACUUAAUGAAAAAAAAAUCUUUGCAUGAUAAAUUAACAUCUUAAGAGGAAAAGAAAAAAAGCAUGUUGCGACAGAAGAAAAAAAGAUUUAUGGCAAACUGUUUUUACAAAUUGGGGUAAACCUACAAUUUAAAAAUAUGCAUUAGAAGAUAUCAGUGCAUUUCAAGUAUAUUUGCCAUUCCCAACUGAAAAA